GGCGGCGGCGCGUGCGCACUCGGGGCACGGGGGGGGCCGAGUUGGGUCCGUGUCGCUGGCGCGUCCUCCGCCUGUCGCGACAUCAGGGCGGCGAUAAUGGUGGAUUACCACAGCGCGGGGCAGCCCCACCCGUACGGCGGGAACGGGCCCGGCCCUAAUGGCGACUACAUGGCCCAGGAGGACGAUUGGGAUCGGGAUCUACUCCUGGACCCCGCCUGGGAGAAACAGCAGCGCAAGACGUUCACGGCCUGGUGCAACUCCCACCUGCGCAAGGCCGGCACGCAGAUCGAGAACAUCGACGAGGAUUUCCGCGACGGGCUCAAGCUGAUGCUGCUGCUCGAGGUCAUCUCAGGGGAGCGGCUCCCGAAGCCCGAGCGGGGCAAGAUGAGGGUGCACAAGAUCAACAACGUCAACAAGGCCCUGGACUUCAUCGCCAGCAAAGGCGUCAAGCUCGUCUCCAUCGGCGCCGAGGAGAUCGUGGACGGCAACGCCAAGAUGACGCUGGGCAUGAUCUGGACGAUCAUCCUGCGCUUCGCCAUCCAGGACAUCUCCGUGGAAGAGACCUCGGCCAAGGAGGGGCUCCUGCUCUGGUGCCAGCGGAAAACGGCUCCGUACAAGAACGUCAACGUCCAGAACUUCCACAUCAGCUGGAAGGACGGGCUGGCCUUCAACGCCCUCAUCCACCGGCACCGCCCGGAGCUGAUCGAGUACGACAAGCUGCGGAAGGAUGAUCCUGUCACCAACCUCAACAACGCCUUCGAGGUGGCCGAGAAGUACCUGGACAUUCCCAAGAUGCUGGACGCCGAGGACAUCGUGAACACGGCGCGCCCGGACGAGAAGGCCAUCAUGACCUACGUGUCCAGCUUCUACCACGCCUUCUCCGGGGCCCAGAAGGCGGAGACGGCGGCCAAUCGGAUCUGCAAAGUUCUGGCUGUGAACCAGGAGAACGAGCAGCUCAUGGAGGACUACGAGCGCCUGGCCUCGGAUCUGCUGGCGUGGAUCCAGCGCACCAUCCCCUGGCUGGAGGCCCGCGACCCCCAGAAGACGAUCCCGGCCAUGCAGCAGAAGCUGGAGGAUUUCCGCGAGUACCGGCGGGUGCACAAACCCCCCAAGGUGCAGGAGAAGUGUCAGCUCGAGAUCAACUUCAACACCCUGCAGACCAAGCUGCGCCUCAGCGGCCGGCCCGCCUUCAUGCCCUCCGAGGGCAGGAUGGUCUCGGACAUCGGGGCAGGCUGGCAGCGCCUGGAGCAGGCCGAGAAGGGCCACGAGGAGUGGCUGCUGACGGAGCUGCGGCGCCUGGAGCGCCUGGAUCACCUGGCCGAGAAAUUCCGGCAGAAAGCCUCGAUCCACGAGGGGUGGACGGAAGGUAAGGAGGUGGCCCUGCGGGACCGGGACUCGGGCACGGCCUCCCUGGCCCAGGUGCGGGCGCUGCUCCGCAAGCACGAGGCCUUCGAGUCGGACCUGGCGGCGCACCAGGACCGGGUGGAGCAGAUCGCAGCCAUCGCCCAGGAGCUCAACGAGCUGGAUUACUACGACUCCCCGAGCGUCAACGCGCGCUGCCAGAAGAUCUGUGACCAGUGGGACCUGCUGGGCUCGCUGACCCACAGCCGCCGGGAGGCGCUCGAGCAAACGGAGAAGCAGCUGGAGACCAUCGACGAGCUGCACCUGGAGUACGCCAAGCGCGCGGCGCCCUUCAACAACUGGAUGGAGAGCGCCAUGGAGGACCUGCAGGACAUGUUCAUCGUGCACACCAUCGAGGAGAUCCAGGGCCUGAUUGCUGCCCACGACCAGUUCAAGUCGACGCUGCCGGACGCGGACAAGGAGCGGGAGGCGAUCCUGGGCAUCCAGCGGGAGGCGCAGCGCCUGGCGGAGCUGCACGGGCUGCAGCUGCCCGCCGGCAACCCCUACACCUCGGUCACGCCCCAGAUCAUCAACUCCAAGUGGGAGCGGGUGCAGCAGCUGGUGCCCAAGCGGGACCAGGCGCUGCAGGAGGAGCAGAGCCGGCAGAACUCCAACGAGCACCUGCGGCGGCAGUUCGGGAGCCAGGCCAACCGCGUGGGGCCCUGGAUCCAGACCAAGAUGGAGGAGAUCGGCCGGAUCUCCAUCGAGAUGAACGGGACCCUGGAGGACCAGCUGAACCACCUGAAGGAGUACGAGGAGAACAUCGUGGAGUACAAACCCAACCUGGAGCUGCUGGAGCAGCAGCACCAGCUGGUGCAGGAGGCGCUCAUCUUCGACAACCAGCACUCCAACUACACCAUGGAGCACCUGCGCGUGGGCUGGGAGCAGCUGCUGACCACGAUCGCCCGGACCAUCAACGAGGUGGAGAACCAGAUCCUGACCCGCGACGCCAAGGGCAUCAGCCAGGAGCAGAUGCAGGAGUUCCGCGCCUCCUUCAACCACUUCGACAAGGACCACGGUGGUGCCCUGGGCCCGGAGGAGUUCAAGGCCUGCUUGAUCAGCCUGGGCUACGACGUCGAGAACGACCGGCAGGGUGACGCGGAAUUCCAGCGGAUCAUGGCCGUGGUGGAUCCCAACGGCAGCGGCAGCGUCACCUUCCAGGCCUUCAUCGACUUCAUGUCCCAGGAAACCACGGACACGGACACGGCCGAGCAGGUCAUCAACAGCUUCCGCGUGCUGGCCGGGGACAAGAACUACAUCACGGCGGCCGAGCUGCGGCGGGAGCUGCCGGCGGCGCAGGCCGAGUACUGCAUCGCCCGCAUGGCGCCCUACCCCGCCGACGGCGUCCCCGGAGCCCUGGACUACAAAUCCUUCUCCACGGCGCUCUACGGCGAGAGCGACCUCUGAGCGGGCCCCUGAGAGAGAUCCCCUGGAUCCCUCAGGAUCCCCCAGGAUCCUGGAUCCCUGAGGGUCCCCAAGGAUCUCGGAUCCCCCAGAUCCCCCAGGAUUCCCGAGGAUCCCGGAUCCCCAGGGGUCCCUGAUGGUCCCAGAUCCCCCAGGAUUCCCGGAUCCCCAAGGGUCCCUGAUGGUCCCAGAUCCCCCAGGAUCCCUGAGGAUCCCAGAUCCCUGAGGGCCCUGACAGUCCUGGAUCCCCGAUGGUCCCUGAGGAUCCCGGAUCCCUGAAAGUCCAGGAUCCCCGAGGUUCCCCCAGGAUCCCUGACGGUCCCUGGCGUCCUGGAUCCCCCAGGAUCCCAGAUCCCUGACGGUCCCGGAUCCCCAAGGAUCCCCGGGGGUCCCCCAGGAUCCCAGAUCCCUGACGAUCCUGGAUCCCCGAGGGUCCCCCAGGACCCCCCAGGAUCCCAGAUCCCUGACGAUCCUGGAUCCCCGAGGGUCCCCCAGGACCCCCCAGGAUCCCGGAUCGCCGACCCCCCCCUCCCCCCCGCCCGCCUCCUACUAUGCAACAGUUGAUUGAUCUUGGGAUAUUUCGGGAUGCAAUUCCCACUUUUCCUCGGGUUCCGCCUCCCUCCCGCGGGGCCCGGCAGCGCCCGGAAAUGGAAAUGGAUCUUUUUGGUAACGGGACGCAGAGAGAGAGAGAAAUUCCCGCUGUUUCUCACGGGAUCAGCGGCGCAGCCCGAGGGUUCCCUCUCCCCUCACGUUUCCCCCACUUCUCACGUAAUUUAUGGCUUUUUCCAGAGGGGAAAAAUUCGGGGUUUUGGGGGGGGUUUGGGGUUUUUUUUUUUUUAGGUUUUUCACUCACAUUCCCACCUCGGAGCAGCGUUUUGUGGACCAAAAAAAAAUGGGGGAAAUAAGGGGGGGGGGGGGAGGGAAAAAAGGUGAGAAAUGCGAAGCACGGAAAAAAUUAGGAGGAAAAAAUGUGGAGAGAGAUGGAAAAUUAGGAAAAAAAUAAAGAGAAAUGAAAAAUGUGGAAAAAUUAGGAGAGGAAUGAGGAAAAUCAUGUCGAAAUCUGGAGGAAUACAGAAAAACUAUGGGAAAAUAAUGAUAAAUAAAGAAGAGUAAGGAGAAAAA